AUGGCUGAAGCCAACUAUGAUGACGACCCCGAGCUUUUUGAAGAGAAAAAUGAGGACCCUGACUUUGGCACACCACCAUGGGAAGAGGAAAAAAAGUCAGAUUACUGGAUGGGCGGUGUAUUUCAUUGUUUUUCGAAUGUGGUGUCAAUGUUUAAAGGCGAAGAAUACAAAUCCCUAAAAGAAAAUGUGGAAGUUCCAAUUGAAAAAAUAACAGACUUGUUUUACUUGGGCUCUGGAGCUCAAGGUGUGGUGUUUGGAGCACAUCUAGAUGGUGAAAAGGUUGCUGUUAAACAGUUACGCACUAAACAUGAGACUAAUAUCAGACAUCUCUUAAAGUUGAAUCAUGAAAAUAUUGUUCGCUUUCUGGGAGUGUGCACAAACCCUCCGGACUUCUGCAUCAUUAUGGAGUACUGUCAAUAUGGAUCACUGUUUGACUUUCUUCAUAGCAACACUGUAUUUAUGCCAAAGCAACUAUUGAAAUGGGCUAAAGAAAUUGCUCGUGGCAUGGCAUAUCUACAUGCUCAUAAGAUUAUCCAUCGAGAUCUUAAAAGCCCCAACAUACUCAUCUCCGACGAAUUGAUGGUAAAAGUGAGCGACUUUGGCACAAGCCGUGAAUGGAAUGACGUCAGUGCAGUUAUGAGUUUCACCGGCACUGUUGCCUGGAUGGCUCCGGAAGUGAUACGCCAUGAGCCGUGCUCUGAACGAGUGGAUGUUUGGUCCUUUGGUGUUGUCAUGUGGGAGUUGCUCACUGUUGAAGUGCCAUACAAGAACCUAGAGACACAUGCAAUUAUGUGGGGCGUCGGCACCAACUCAAUUGCUCUUCCGAUCCCGAGCAAUUGCCCUAGCAGCUUGCAACAAUUGCUUAAACAAUGCUGGAACCGUGUGCCGCGCAACCGGCCGCCAUUCAAGAUCAUAGCUGCCCACUUAGAGAUGGCAGGAGGAGAUCUACGCAAUAUGGAUACAGAGACAUUCAAAAACGUACAAAAUGGAUGGCGCGCUGAAGUUCACCAGUGCAUGGAGCGUCUGUAUGCCAGAAACACAAAUACUUUCACGCAAGAGAACACGGACGUUGUGGCUCAGCGUCGUGAAGAUCUUAAGCAAGCUCGCGAUCUUCGUUACGUUUAUGAACAGCAAGUGUCGAGGGCUAACGAGCUGUUUCUAGAAGUCUGCGCUGUCAGACUUCAGCUCGAACAACGUGAAAGAACCAUCGCUGAGAAAGAGAACGCAUUGAACGAGUGUCGUUGCGGACACCGUGCUAAAUUAUUCCAGCGUCAAACAUCAUCUUCUUCUGAUGGCAUGAAAAUACCGAUUCUUGAGCAGCAACGCCGUCGCAAGAAGAAAAUCGAGCCGGUUAUUCCCGCUCAAGUUGUCGUUCAGUACGACGAAAAAAACUCCGACACCACAACAGUUGUCGACCACGCUGCUUGUCCAUGCACUGAACAAGCUCGCUAUUAUCAGAACAACAACCAGAUAAAGAAGGAGACUGUUAUUGAAAUUGAGGAUAAUGGGAAUGUCAUUGUCAAGGACACGGCCAAUAAUGAUUUCCUUAACGAUAAUUAUAUUCCAGAUGUUGCUCAAGUUUAA